UUUUGAUUUUGUUGCCACGUGUCGAUAUCAUGUUGCUGCUAGUGGAAGAAUCUGUCUCACAGUCACAGCUAGGCGAUUAUGUUUCGGAUGAAUUUCAUGGGAACGAUGAUGGUAUAGUGCCAGACUCAGCGUAUGAGGAUGGAGGUCAGUUUCCAAUUCUAGUUAGUAGCAGGAAGAAACGAAGAAAUGAAGAUAUGGGUAGUGGAACAAACAAUCUAAAGAGUAAUACUUUUAUCAAGAGGGAGGCAAACAUGUUAGGAAAAAAUCCAUGGCCGGAGAAAAAUAGUGGUGGCUCUUCGGUUUCUCGUGAUACGGGAUCAGGCAAAGAUGUUCAGGACAUGACAUUGGAGGAUACAAAUAUUUCAGAUCAUGGUUUCAAUGGUGGCCACGUUGAUGUGGUUGAAAAUUUAUCCACCGUGGAUCCCAUGCUGUGUGACAGUGCCGCUGCAACACAUGAUGGCGUAUAUAAUUAUUCCCUCGACAGCAUUCCGGAUGCUGAAAAUAAUCUUGGCUUUUUCGACAAUGGGGAUAAAGAAAGCAACGAUCUCUUCUAUGGCUGGGGUGACAUAGGAAAUUUUGAGGAUGUGGACAACAUGCUUAGGAGUUGUGAUUCAACUUUCGGCUUGGAUAGUCUUAAUAAUGAAGAUGACUUAGGCUGGUUCUCUUCUGCUCCGCCAAAUGAGGAGACAGAAGGCGCGAUGACAGAUGAUAUCAAACCAGACAAAGUGUUGGAAAAUCAAAGAACCCCUAUGUUACAGGUUGAAGAUUUUUUGAACAACAGUGAGUCCAACCAUGCUGUUGAAGAUGAAUAUGGAUAUACCAUCGGGGGUGAUUCAGCUCAAGGAAAAUCAUCAGAAAAUGUAUUCUAUACGAGUUCACAAAAGAAGGAUGUAUUAAUGCUGGAUGUAGAGGCAAAUCUUGAGAAGAAGCAGACUGAUCAUCUUCAUCAUCUGGAUGGGAAAAGUGAUGGGUUCUCUGAGAACAGUUUUACUUUACAGCACAGUGGUAUUUCAAGGGAAAUAAUGGACACAAACCAGUAUUACCCUCCCUCCGCAUUCCAACAGCGAGGUGUGCCAUACUCGCAUUUCAAUUGUGAGCAGCCUUCCGAUCAAGUAUCAGCAUGUGAAAGUAAAUCUGGUAUUAAAUCUGAGAACAAACCCAAUCCUUCCUCUGCUUCAAAUGAGUCAUACACAUCAAAUCAGGCACAAUCUGUCGAGAGCUUACAAGGUCCAACUGUUGAUGAUCGGUGUAGGAAGGGAUUUGAAACGAGAGCCAACUUGCUGCCUGGGCAAGAUAUAACUCCUUCUUUUGCUGCAAAUACCAAGAAGAGUAGUAAGACAAACCCCAUGGUGUUUCCUGAUGCUGCUUCUAUCCAGAAGAUCGGGCUUGAGAAUGACCACAGAAAAGCUGCAACUGAAUUGGAAACAUCAAACAUGCAGGGAAGUUCUUGUGUUAGUUCUGUUGUGGAUGACAUUUCACUGGAAGCAACAAGUUUUCGCCAGCUUCAACAAGUUAUAGAACAGUUGGAUGUUAGGACAAAGCUUUGCAUAAGAGACAGCUUAUACCGAUUGGCAAAAAGUGCGGAACAGAGACACCAUGGUGGAAACAGACCGGAGAAAGUUGCAGGCUCGCAUCUGGUGACUGGUGAAACAGACAAGUACGCUGGAUUCAUGGAUAUCGAAACUGAUACAAACCCGAUAGACCGAUCCAUAGCUCAUUUGCUGUUUCACAGGCCCUCAGACUCAUCACUUUCAUCAGAUAACAAUGUUCUGUCUUAUAAAUCUCAUCCAAUGAUUCCUCAGCCCAAUAGUAGCCCGAGUCUGAGGAUGGAGAAACAAGAGGAAACUCCAGAACUUAGACCCGAAGCAGAAGUUGUAAUAAGUGACAACAAUUAAUGAUGUCAACAAAAACUGGCUCUUUCACUGCUGAAGCAUUCGAGAUAUGGUUGUUAACACUAAUCUCGAUUUAGGCUAAGCGAAAUUGCUCAGGUUAGUUACUAAAAUCCUGACUGCUUCUUUCAUUAGAAUCAUGGAUUUUGUAACAUAGUUGUAUUUAAGUGUUGAGAUGAUUUUCUGGUCUAGAUUUCAGUUCGAACCUGAUUGUACACCUGGUUGCUCGAACCGGGUCUUUGAGACUUAUUUGCCUUUGUAAUAUGUUCAAGUUGUUAAGUAGAGGAAGAAGUAGAGACAAACAGCAAUUCUGUAGAUAAAGAUGCUAGUUCGUUUUGUAAUGCCAUAAAAUAUUCUGCUGUGC